AUGGCGGUUUCUAGUGCCUUUGUUGUCACCCCGAAGCUGGAAACACUGUUAUCGAGACACCAUAAUCCGUCUUCUUCUCCGGCGCCGGCGAAUCUGAUUGGGGUUCCCGCUUUUCCGACGAACCAUAGGAAAAUGCGAGGAUACACGAGGGAGAGAAGCAGCAUUGUGGUGAUUGGGCUAAGCAUUCACACAGCUCCUGUAGAGAUGCGCGAGAAGCUUGCCAUUCCAGAAGCUGAAUGGUCACAGGCUAUCUCUGAGUUGUGCAGUUUGAAUCAUGUUGAAGAAGCUGCUGUACUCAGUACCUGUAACCGCAUGGAGAUUUAUUUUCUGGCUCUAUCUCAGCACCGUGGAGUCAAAGAAGUCACUCAAUGGAUGUCCAAGAGAAGUGGGAUCUCUGUAUCGGACAUUCGUCAACACUGGUUUCUGCUGUACAACAAGGACGCCACGCGGCAUCUAUUUGAAGUCUCAGCUGGUCUGGACUCUCUUGUCCUAGGAGAAGGUCAGAUACUCGCACAGGUCAAACAAGCUAAAGAGAAAGUGCGCAAUGGGUUUCGGAUGACUAUCAUCAGUGGGCUAUUUGAAAAGGCGAUCUCGGCUGGAAAACGUGUCAGAACAGAUACAAACAUCGCCUCUGGGGCUGUUUCCGUUAGCUCUGCGGCCGUCGAGCUUGCCCUCGCCAAGCUGCUUCCGGGAUCAUCUGCGGCGAUGUUGGUGAUUGGUGCAGGAAAGAUGGGGAAGCUUGUGAUCAAGCACCUGGUUGCAAAAGGCUGCACUAAGAUGGUGGUUGUGAACAGAAGCCAAGAGAAAGUCGCGGCUAUCCGCGAGGAGAUGCCUCCUGGCGUUGAGAUUGUCUAUAAACCUUUUGAUGAGAUGCUAUCUUGUGUUGCUGAAGCCAACGUGAUCUUUACCAGCACAGCGUCUGAGACGCCAUUGUUCUUGAAGGAGCACGUGGAGACUCUCCCUCCUGCUGCAGAUGCGGAUGCGAGGCUCUUUGUUGAUAUCUCUGUUCCUAGAAACGUCGGGUCUUGUGUUGCUGAAUUAGAGGGUGCACGGGUUUACAACGUGGAUGACCUCAGGGAAGUUGUUGCUGCCAAUAAGGAAGACAGGGCGAGGAAAGCAAUGGAAGCUCGGGUUAUAAUAACAGAGGAAUCAGGAAAGUGUGAAGCGUGGAGGGAUUCGCUGGAGACGGUUCCAACAAUCAAGAAACUAAGACAAAAGAUGGAGGGAAUCAGAGCUGCUUUGGUUGGAAAGUUCAUGUCGAAAUACGGCAAUGUCAUGGACAAGAAGACGAAGGAAGCACUAGAGGAGCUAACCAAAAGUAUGUUGAACAAUAUCCUGCAUGGUCCAAUGAAACAUUUGAGAUGCGAAGAGAAUGAUAGCAGAACGCUGCGUGAGACGCUAGAGAACAUGCACGCUCUCAACAGAAUGUUUGAACUCGAACUAGAGUUACUCGAGGAGAGGAUUAAAGCAAAGUUGGAACGACAGUAG